AUGGUUUCAUCAUCAUCUCCCUCUGUAGUGUUUACAGUGAAAUGGUGCGAACCAGAGCUAGUGGCUCCGGCCUCGCCCACUCCCCAUGAAGUUAAACAACUAUCAGACAUAGAUGAUCAAGAAGGGCUACGUUACCAACUUCCAAUCAUAAAUAUAUAUCGUCACAAUCCAUCAAUAGAAGGAAAAGACCCAGUAAAGGUGAUAAGAGAUGCACUCUCAAGAACACUUGUGUUUUACUACCCGUUUGCCGGUAGGCUUAGGGAGGGUCAUGGCGGCAAGUUGAUGGUUGAUUGCACUGCAGAGGGUGUAUUGUUCAUUGAGGCCGAUGCUGACGUGCCACUUGAUCAACUUGGUGAAGCUCUUCAACCUCCAUUCCCUUGCUAUAAGGAAUUGCUUUACAAUGUUCCUGGCUCAGAUGGAAUUGUCCGCUGUCCCAUUUUACUCUUACAGGUCACACGCUUUAAGUGCGGUGGUUUUUCUGUUGGCAUACGGGUGAACCACACGAUGGUAGAUGCAACUGGUAUUGUGCAAUUCAUGAACGCCAUGGCUGAGAUCUCUCGAGGCUCUCAUCAACCUUCCAUUCUACCCGUUUGGUGUAGGGAGCUUCUAACUGCAAGAGACCCGCCACGCAUCACAUGCAACCAUCGAGAAUUUGAGGAAGCAAAAGAUAUUAAGGAAUGGGAAACCAUUAUUGAUGACAAAAACAUGAUUAAACGAAAUUUCUUCUUUGGACCCACUGAAAUAGCUUCUCUUCGCUGCUUGACUCUAAAUCAAUCCGCUGAACAUACUGGAUUUGAGCUUAUCACUGCAUGUCUCUGGUAUUGUCUUGUAAAAGCGUUGCAACUACCACCAGAAAAAGAAGUUCGAAUGUAUUGUGUCGUCAAUGCUCGUGCUAGAUUUAACCCUCCCAUGCCAAUCGGUUAUUAUGGAAACGUUAUAUCGUUUCCGGCGGCGGUCACCACCGUAGAGAAGCUCUGUGAAAAUCCAUUUGAAUAUAUUGUGAAGUUAAUAAAAAAAGCGAAAGCCGAGCCAACAGAAGAAUACAUGCAUUCUUUAGCAGAUUUAAUGGUGAUUAAGGGACGACCUUUGACUACAAGAGCAUGGUCUUUUCUUGUGUCAAAGGUGACACGUAUUGGGUUUAGAAAAGUGGAUUUUGGGUGGGGCAAUGCAGUGUAUGGUGGGAUAAGUGGCGACAAGAUUUUUGGAGAACUUACUCUCAUGGAUUGUGAGAAUGCAAAUGGAGAAGAAAGUGUUGUAGUUCCACUUUACUUGCCUGCCAAUGCUAUGAAGAGGUUUGCAAAAGAAAUGGAUGAUUUGCUUCGGAUCCCAAAUCAACCUACAAUGAGUGGCCAAAACAAAGCCUGUUCUUCAAUGGUAACAAAACCUAUCCAAUCUGUGAUGGAUGAAGAGGAAGAGAUCCCAGAAUGA